AUGAACCUACGGCUUCUUCUAGCAGCGACGGCGACGAAGCGAGCAUCCGCUUUCGGGGCGCGUCGUUCACUCGCAACCGCCGCCGGCUUUGCGAACGAGCCGACGUCUCCGUCCAUCGUUACAGAUAGUGUUCCAGGUCCAAUCUCCAAGCAGCUUAGUGCUGAGAUUGGAAAGUGGCAGGAGGACAGAGCUCAUUGGUUUGCCGUCGACUACGAGAAAAGCGCUGGCAAUUGGAUCGCUGAUGCCGACGGCAACGUACUCCUCGAUGUGUUCGCUCAAAUUGCCUCUAUUGCUGUGGGGUACAACCACCCUGAGAUUCUCAAGCUCGCCCGCAGUGAUGAAUUCAUCACCGCAGCAAUCAAUCGACCGGCACUAGGCAAUUUCCCGCCAGCAAAGUGGACCUCGUGGGUAGAAUCUGGCCUCGGAAGCGUUCGUCCACAAGGCUUGCACAACAUUUUCACUGCCAUGUGCGGUUCCUGUGCGAAUGAGAACGCAUUCAAGGCUGCUUUCAUGGCGUAUACCGCCCGGCAACGGGGCUCCGAUGCGGAGUUCACGCCAGAGGAGCUCAAGAGCUGUAUGAAGAACGAAGCGCCUGGCAGCCCUGACCUAGCGAUUCUUUCUUUUACAUCUGCGUUCCAUGGCCGUCUCUUUGGCAGUCUGAGCUCAACACGGUCGAAAGAAAUUCACAAGCUUGGAAUUCCAGCCUUCAAAAACUGGCCAGCUGUCCCGUGGCCAGCUGUCAAGUAUCCCUUGUCCGAGUACUCACGUGAGAACAAUGCCGCUGAGCAGCAGACGCUAGCGGAAGUAGAAGCGGUCAUUGUUGAUCGCAAGAAAAACGGCGGAGGAGAAAUCGCCGCUGUUAUCGUAGAGCCCAUCGCGAGCGAGGGCGGUGAUCAGCACGCUUCGAAUACGUUCUUCAAGGGCCUGCGGGAUAUCACUGCGCGUCAUGGUGUCUUCUUUAUUGUGGAUGAGGUCCAAACCGGCGUGGCUGCGACAGGAAAAUUCUGGGCACAUGAGUACUGGGGGCUCGACAGCCCGCCCGACUUUGUGACGUUCAGCAAGAAGAUGCAAGCAGCUGGAUUUUACCAUAAGCUCGAGACGCGACCCAACCUGCCAUACCGAAGCUUCGGAACCUGGCUCGGCCAGCCGACUGCAAUCCUGCAAGCACGGGCGAUCAUCGAUAUCAUCCGAGACGAGUCGCUGCUGUCCAAUGUGCAGUCUGUAGGUGCACAUAUUUUCUCUUCCCUCUCGGCGCUGUCGGCAAAGUAUCCGGCGCAUAUUCGGUCCCUCAGGGGAGAAGGAAAAGGAACCUUCAUUGCCUUUGAUGCGAAAGAUGCCCCAACCAGAGACAUCUUGCUCGGCAAAUUGAGGGCAAAGGGCGUAAAUGUUGGCGGAUGUGGCACCGCAGCUAUCAGGCUCAGGCCCAUGCUCGUGUUUCAGCAGCAUCACGCGGAUAUCUUCUUGGGGAAGCUGGAGGAAGUCCUGAACGAUAUGUAA